AUGCAGGAUUUCUAUAAGCUCUUCCCCAAAAUACGCCCAAACUUUCCUGGCCUCAGCAUCUACCCCGCAUGCGCCUUCAACAUUGGGCCCCAGACCGUUUGCGUUGACCAUGUCGACAAUCUCAACUACCCCAGCACGCCAUGCGCCAUCACAGCUGUUGGGAAUUUUGACUGCGACAGGGGCGGCCACCUCUACCUGCCGACACUCAAGCUUUACAUCCGAUUUCCGUCUGGAUGUACCAUUCUCAUCUCCUCAGCCUCAAUUCAGCACGGCAACACCCCUAUUGGGCCUGGAGAGGAGAGAUGCUCGAUCACACAGUACGUACCUGGCGGCAUUGUCCGCUACGUUCAACACAAGGGCCAACGGGUCAACCAGCUAGUAGAAGACAGAGCUGUUUACGAUGGGAAGAAGGGUAAGAAGGGGGUGAUUGGUGAUCACUGGAAAGAUCAGCUUUGUCGCCUCUCCCUUUACCAGGAUCUAGAGGCUGAUCGAGUGUUUUCGUCAUGGUCUAUGAAGAAGUAG